UUCGAUGGAUGAUUACUGCACAACAAAAUAUUUGUAAUUACACUUAUUUUGAUUUUUUUUUAGCACCAGGGUCAAUAUAAAAUGAGAAUCUAUGAAAAAGGAGACUUCCAAGGGCAAAUGAUGGAGUUCUUUGAUGACUGCCCCAAUACUUAUGAUCGAUUCAGUUUCCGUGACAUUCACUCCUGCAAUGUGUCUGAUGGCCACUGGAUGUUCUAUGAGGAACCCAACUACAGAGGACGUCAGUACUACCUGAGACAUGGAGAAUACAGGAGAUUCAGUGACUGGGGAGCAUCAACUGCCAGAAUUGGCUCUUUCAGAAGAGUUCAUCAUAUGGUUUAAAUAAUUAAAGUA